AUGGGUUCCUUGUCUGGAAUCCUUCAAAGGCCCGUUCUUGCAGCUUCUGCUGUUGCCAUAGCUUCUUUGUCAUCUGAUUUGCGCGAAAAGUUGUGGCCUGAAAAAUCAUUAGAUGUGUCUCUUUUGUGUUUAGAAGAAAAAGGUUCUUUGUUUGAGGAAAAUAAUUCAUCUUGGGUCUCUAAGAUAUCGGUUUCCAAGCUCGCUAGCUUGUCAUUUGUUGCAAGAAUUCAUGUUCCUCUGCCCACUAUUAAUCAUCAGAUACUUGGCUCGAGUUCUUCUAGUUCUGUUCCUAGUUUUAGGUUUAGUUCGGUCUACCCGUCUCCUGGUUUGAUCAACUUGCAUCAAUCUGCUGAGUUGGUGAAAGCUGCAAAGCCAGCUUUAUAUAAGUAUGAGGCAUCUUCUUUGCCCUCCGAGGUGUCGUAUCGAUGGCAUUUGCCGGAGCCAAGUUCGGUUGAUGUAUCUGGUAGUUCAAAUUGUGCAUCGGUGAAAUCUAGGACGGUUGUUGUCUUACUUGGUUGGUUGGGUGCAAAGCAGAAGCAUCUCAAUAGAUAUGCAGAGUGGUAUACUUCAAGAGGGUUUCAUGCUAUUACAUUUACGUUCCCAAUGUCAGAGAUUCUUAAUUAUCAAGUUGGGGGAAAAGCCGAGCAGGAUAUAGAGUUGCUUGUUAACCAUUUAGCUGAUUGGUUGGAUGAAGAAGAUGGAAAGAACUUGGUGUUCCAUACAUUCAGCAAUACAGGAUGGCUAACAUAUGGUGUCAUCUUGGAGAAUCUUCAGAGAAGUGAUCCAAGUUUAAUGGGAAGGAUAAAGGGUUGUGUUGUGGAUUCUGCUCCUGUGGCUGCUCCUGAUCCGCAGGUCUGGGCAUCUGGAUUCUCUGCCGCUUUUCUUAAAAAACAUAGUGUUGCGACAAAAGGCAUCGUGAGUGGACAAAGUGUAGGUAUUAGGGAAAAUGAAACAGCUGCCGAAGUGAAGCCCGAGUUCGCUGAAACUGCACUCUUAGUUAUUCUGAGGAAGUUUUUUGAAGUGGUGCUGAAUCUUCCAGCAGUAAAUAGGAGGUUGUCCGAUGUGCUGAGUUUGUUAACCUUGGGGCAACCGAGCUGCCCGCAGUUAUACAUAUACAGCUCUGCAGAUCGAGUCAUCCCUGCAGGAUCUGUUGAAUCUUUCAUAGAAAGACAGCGAAAGAACGGGCGUGAGGUCAGGGCUUGCAACUUCAUCUCCACACCCCAUGUUGAUCAUUUCAGGAACGACCCGACAUUGUAUUCUUCUCAGCUCACGCAGUUUUUGGAAGAUUGUGUGCUGAGCAAGUGCGGAAAUUCUAUGAAAUAA